GUCACCGCUCGACUACAACUUCAAAUACAAUUGCGUUCGGAGAUGUUCGAUACAAAUAAAGUUGUGUCUGGUGUCAUUCGAUGUGCAUGAAUGCAUAUACAUCGAACGGCUCCGGACGAAAUUGUGGUCGAGAAUUGCGUAGGUAGACUUUCUCUGAAAAUCAGUUUCGCCGUCGGUCAAAAACCAGAGAGAGAGAGAGAGAGAGGGAGAGGGAGAAUGGAGGGUUCAAUUUGUGCAGGCGUGUUGAUCUCUCCCUGCGCCAACACCAUCUUCCACAGAGGCGGAGUGGUCAUAACUGAGCAUUCAAAAUCUGGAACUUUUAAUCUCGUUACCAGAAACCCACACAAACAAAAUCCUUUCAUCAUCAAAACGCACCUUUACAAGACGUUGACAACAACGGCGGCGUUUAACGACGUCUCGGCUGCCGUAGAUCCGGCGCAGGCGGAGAUUUCCUGGCAAAUUGUUGUCGGCGCUCUUGCUGGUGUGACGCCGUUUGUGGUUGCUGGGAUUGAAUUUAGCAAACGAAUUAUAGCUCAGAGAAGGUGUGGAGUAUGUGGAGGCUCAGGACUUGUUUUGAGAGACAAAAAGUACUACUUCCGCUGCCCUGGAUGCGGUGGAUUUCUUCCUUGGCAAUCAUGGAAACGAUUCUUUUCUGGCUGAAGUCCUCUUUUCUCCCAUGUUAUAAUUCCCAAAGGUUACCUUGUAUCGAUUCCUUCUGUUCAAUACGUUUGUGUUAAGAAAAUGUGAUUAUGGACCGUGGGUUGGAUGUAUACUUGGUCUGUAUGAUAAAAUUGCCACCAACUUAACAACACCGGAAUUGUCAAAAAACUGUUACUCUAAAUCAGAAACAUAUACCAUUUCAUUCA